GAUGCGCUUUGCUUUUCCUCGGCCUUCCUAUGCGGGACGGCGGCGGCGGCAGCGAGGGCGCUGCUACCGGUCGUAAGUUACGGUGGCGGCAGCAGCCCGAAGAUGGCCGAGUCCCCGGAGGAGGUGGCCGUGCUGGUGCAGCGGGUGGUGAAGGACAUCAACAGCGCCUUCAAGCGCAAUCCGCACAUAGAUGAAAUUGGAUUAAUCCCCUGCCCUGAAGCCAGAUAUAAUCGAAGUCCAAUAGUUCUGGUUGAAAACAAACUUGGAGUGGAAAGCUGGUGUGUCAAAUUUCUUUUGCCCUAUGUCCAUAACAAACUUCUUCACUACAAACUAAGAAAGCAGUGGCUCAACAAAGAAGAGUUGAUAGAUAUCACAUGUACCUUGUUGUUGCUGAACCCAGAUUUCACCACUGCAUGGAAUGUAAGAAAAGAAUUGAUAUUGUCUGGCACUUUAAACCCCAUUAAAGACUUACAUCUUGGGAAAUUGGCACUUACCAAGUUUCCAAAAAGUCCAGAAACAUGGAUUCAUAGGCGAUGGGUUCUGCAACAUUUAAUCCAGGAAAACUCCUUGCCCACUCUUGUGACUAAAGGGAACUUAGAAGCAACACCCACGGAAAAAAUACAGCGGCUGGUGAAAGAAGAAAUGGAUGUUUGUUGUGAUGCUGCUGGACGAUAUCCAAGUAAUUAUAAUGCUUGGUCCCAUCGUAUCUGGGUGUUACAGAAUUUGGCAAAGCUCAAUACAAAGAUUCUUCUUGAUGAACUUUCUUCCACUAAACACUGGGUCUCCGUACAUGUUUCAGACCAUAGUGGAUUCCACUACCGUCAGUUUCUAUUAAAAUCUUUGAUUGUCAGAACUGGGACUGAUUGUAUUAUAAAGUUAUGUGAUCACCCAACCAAUCAACAAACAUCCUGUUUUCCAAAAGAUGAAGAAGAUGAAGGUGCAGAAGCUUUUUGCAUGGAAAAGCAACAGCCAGAUCACUCACUGUAUCUGAAAGAGGAAAUAGAGCUCUGCACUGAUUUAAUUAACACUUAUCCAGGGCAUGAAACAUUGUGGUAUCACAGGCGUCAAAUCUUCUACCUUCAACACCACUUAAAGAAGUGUCCAGUUCCAAACAGCUGGUCAUCAACUUCAAACAAUAGUGAUGGAACAAUUAAUAAUUCACAUCCUCAUGUUACAACUGGCCAUACCACACAAGCCAUGGAUGUUGACGGCUUAACGGAAUGCAACAAACAAGGCUACAGUCAAGAAACCAAGCGCCUAAAGCGGGCUCCUAUGCAGGACUGUAUCAACGUGGGAGAAGAAUAUAAGUUCAUCGAUCACAUUUUGUCUAUGUAUAGGGAGGAGGAUCAGGCAAGGUUUGCAAGUUCAUACAGAAAAUGGCUAGUUUCUUUUCUAGGCCAGUGAAGAUCUUUUAAAACUCUUAGGGCCUUUGUUUAGUGCAAUAUCCUCUUUACAGACAGGUGUACUUAGGACUCCUGGCACUUUUCACCCUUCUGUUAUUCCUGCCACUGCUAAACUUCAUUUACUAAUGCUGGGUUUAGUUCUAUUUAUAUUUUUAAAAGCCACUUUGUGUUAAAUUUUAUGGAUCUUUGUAGGAUAGCCCCACCUAAAAAGGAACUGUUUGGUGUUAAUAUAAAUUAAGUGCAAAUUUUAAACUCACUAAUAUAACUGGAAUAAUAGGAAAACAGAAUGAUAAAUCUACUGGUGAACAAUGAUUUCAUUCCUAAAUACCUCGUCCAUAAUAAAUAAUCAAAGUCAUUGGUCGGUGAAAACAAUGGAAAAUCAUUCAGCAUGACAAUGUCAAAAUGGUUUGGAGUACAAGUCUUCAUUUUAUAAUUGCAUUGCAUCACUGCUCUUCUGAACUCUCUUUAUUUCACAUUUGAAUUGCUCUGAUAAUCUUACAGUCCUGUGACUUUUUUAUUAUUAUAGUGAAAGUGGGAUAUGGUUAUGUGAAAUUGGAUAGUUUUGUAAAAAAAAAUUACUAAACUAAAACUAACUAGUUCAAUAUAAGAACACUGGUAUUUAGAGUAUUAUCUGGCUUUUGUGAAUUUGGAGGCUUUCGUGAAUUUUAAGGUUGUAAGAUAUGGAAAUAUAAGAUGGUGACCAAGGAACAAACUUCUAUCUAAUCUUAUCCCUACCUGCAAUUUUCCUGGCACAUGCAGAUUUUUCCAUUCCUAAAAUAUAAAGAGCGUUCCAUACUUGGAUUUUAUUGUACGUGAUGAUAUAUAUGAUAGGUACAGGGUAUGAUAGACAAUGCUGACUAUCAAUGUUAUCUUUGUAAUGAUAUUUCACUUAAUGGACAAUCUACCAUGCACUGGGGCUCGUUCAUCUUUCAUUUAUUGUAACAGGGCCACAUAUGGCUCCUUUGCAAGACCCAUUUAAAUCACUUGAGGAAGUACAGUGCUCAACAAAAUGAUGUGCUUGUUUGAGUUUUCUUCAGGUUAUCCAGAUAAAUGGGGAAAGAAGAAA